AUGAAGGAAGAGCGUAUCUGCCAGUCAAUAGAAAUCAGUCCUGCAACUGAUGCUAACAGGGUACAAACAACUAAUCAGAGAGCUUUUUUUGCAGGUGAGGAAAUAGCAAGAAGCAACAGCAGAGAAAGGGAUGGAAAAUGUUACCGCUAUGUAUGUGACAGCACUUGCAAGAGACCAACCCGAACUGAGAUACCAUGUGAACAUGUACCACCAAGUGAGGAAGUAACAAGAAGUACAAUUCAUGGAAAAUGUUACAAAGUUGUAUGUGACGGCAGUUGUGGAGAAAUCCCUGCAACUGAGAUCCCUUGUACAACAACACCAAGUACAACAACUAAAACAACCACCAAGUCAACCACUGUCACUACAAUCAGCACAACUACCCCUUGUGUGCCCAAUACAAACUGGCAGAUUGCUAAUUGCACUACAGCUGUAUGCAAUGCAAAUGGUCAACUACAGAUUGUUCAGAAAAGUUGCAUCCCUCCCCCAGAGAUCACCUGUGCCAAUAAAAUGAAGCCAAUUGCUGUGCCUGAUGAUGACUCAUGUUGCUGGCAUUGGGAGUGUCCUUGUAUGUGUGGUGGUUGGGGAGAUAGCCACUAUCUUACCUUUGAUGGAACCUAUUAUACAUAUCAAGGAAACUGCACCUAUGUUCUUGUGGAAGAAAUUGUGAAAACCAUUGAUAACUUUGGCAUUUACCUGGACAAUUAUAAUUGUGGAGCUAAAACAGGUAUUACCUGCCCACGCAAGCUUACUGUACGACAUGAAACUCAGGAGAUUGUAAUUUCACCUAAAACAUUAAAUCCUAUCAGUUUAGAGACUUUUGUAAAUGGAAAUCUUGUAUUGCUUCCAUAUACAAAAUAUGGAGUAAACAUAUACAAAUCUGGAAUAUAUUUAGUAGUUGAAAUACCACAGCUGAAGACCAAUGUCACUUAUAAUGGUUUGACCUUCACAAUAAAGAUGCCAUAUGGAAAGUUUUAUAAGAACACACAUGGACAAUGUGGUACCUGCAGCAACAACCAAGCUGAUGACUUAAUGAUGGCUAAUGGUACAAUCACAACUAACUGGGUAGCUAUGGCUGAUUCGUUUAUGGUGAAUGACCCAGUCAAGCCUCAAUGCCAGAGCAUUCCUCCAGUACCCCCUACAAUACCUCCAACUUGCAAAUCUGCUCUCUGUGAUCUCAUCAUGGGACAGGUUUUCCAAAAAUGCCAUCAGUUCCAUUCACCAGAACCUUUCUAUAAAGCCUGCCUGUCAGACAGUUGCAAUGUAGCUAACUCACAUAGUGAAUGUUCAAGCUUACAACAAUAUGCCUCAAUCUGUGGUGAUCGUGGUGUCUGCAUUCAGUGGAGGAGCAAGGCCACAGCUUGUUCAAUUACUUGUCCUUCUAACAAAGUGUACGAUGCAUGUGGACCAGUUUUCCCUAGAACCUGCCAACAUACGUCAAGAGAUGUUAUAGAACUGAAAAAUGAUAAACGUGUUGUGGAAGGAUGCUUCUGUGCUAAAGGUAGCAUGCCAUUUAGCAUGGCAAUCGAUUCCUGCGUAAGCGACUGUGGGUGUGUUGGGCCAGACAAUAUUCCCCGCAAGUAUGGAGAAACCUUUGAAUUUAACUGUGAGAUCUGCAAGUGUCUGGAGGGUGGUAGUGGAAUAACUUGUCAAAGACAACAAUGCCAUCAUGUAAGAAAUGAAGCAUGUACUCGUGACGGCUUCUACCCGGUGACUCAGAUUAGCACUAAAGACAAGUGUUGUGAAGAAACUGUAUGUCGUAAGUAUCAAAUACACCUAUUUUCCUCUAUGCACUAACAGCAAAUAUUUAACAAUCCUA